AUGGUAAUCACCUCGGUGCCCGCUUUUCAGCUCAUCGCUUCUGGUUUCGCGGCUUUCAUCUCUAAGCACAAUGGUUCCCGCGACACUGCCAAAGAAAAUGAAGAAGCGGAGGCUACGGCUACAACGCCUUCUCCUUUUGGAUCAAGAAGAUCAAGAGCUGGAUUCUCUGACUCUUUUUCAAGUCAAGACUUGAGGUCAUUACAAUUGGAUGAGGAUAUCAGAAUACAUGAGCCCUCUCCGAGAGGAGUUCUUGAGGAUGACUGCCCGAGAAGCUUAGAAUCCGAAACGUCUUCUCCUAAGGCCAGCACUUCAGACUCAGAUGCAAGAAGCAGCACUACUACAGACUCAGAUCCAAGACUAAACCAAAACUGGCGUGGUUUCUUCCGUAUAUUGAAAAAAGGACCACAACAUCCCUUCCCAACCUUCCCUCCUAAAAGUGCCCCAAAACCAAAACUCACCAGAAGGAAAAGCAAGAGAAUAAGAGAGGACUUCAUUCCACAGCUCAACUCUCCUGCCCUGAUGUCUUUCGAUGCUGACUUUUGCCGCUUCAAAUCUUCCUGGAAGAAUUACUCACUAUUAGACCUCCAAGUCGCAACCAACAACUUCAGCCAGGAGAAUUUGAUUGGGGAAGGAGGUUAUGCUGAAGUUUACAAGGGGACAUUGGAAGAUGGGCAGAUUGUUGCGAUUAAACGCCUGACGAGGGGUAGUCAAGAAGAAAUGACUGCAGACUUCUUAUCUGAGCUUGGGGUUAUAGUUCAUGUUGACCAUCCCAAUAUCGCAAAAUUGAUUGGUUAUGGGGUUGAAGGAGGGAUGCAUCUUGUUCUUCAUUUGUCUCCCCAUGGGAGCCUAGCAUCCAUACUUUAUGGACCUAGAGAGAAUCUGGAUUGGGGCAUCAGAUAUAAAGUUGCUUUAGGGACUGCUAAGGGCCUUCUGUAUCUUCAUGAGGGGUGCCAGAGGAGAAUUAUCCACAAAGAUAUUAAGGCUUCCAAUAUAUUGCUGGCAGAGGAUUUUGAGCCUCAGAUAUCAGAUUUUGGGCUUGCAAAGUGGCUACCAGAUCACUGGACUCACCAUAUCGUAUCGAAAUUUGAAGGCACAUUUGGCUACCUUCCUCCUGAGUUUUUCAUGCAUGGCAUAGUAGAUGAAAAAACUGAUGUCUAUGCUUAUGGGGUGCUACUAUUAGAGCUCAUCACCGGCAGGCAAGCUUUGGAUAGCUCACAUAAAAGCCUUGUUAUGUGGGCCAAACCUUUACUCUCUACGAAUAAUAUCAAAGAGCUAGCUGAUCCAUGCCUUGGUGAUGCCUAUGAUUUGCAACAGAUGAAGAGUAUCGCCUUGACUGCUUCGAUAUGCUGUUUAAGUGAUGACUUAACCGUCAGACAGACAGCAGUAUGCAUCUUCUGA